AUGUUCCCCACGCUCCCCGUGCUCCCCACGCUCCCCAUGUUCCCCACGCUCCCCGUGCUCCCCAUGCUCCCCACGCUCCCCAUGCUCCCCGUGCUCCCCACACUCCCCAUGCUCCCCGUGCUCACCAUGUUCCCCAUGUUCCCCGUGCUCCCCACCCUCCCCAUGUUCCCCAUGUUCCCCACGCUCCCCACCCUCCCCAUGUUCCCCACGCUCCCCAUGCUCCCCGUGCUCACCAUGUUCCCCAUGUUCCCCAUGCUCCCCACGCUCCCCAUGUUCCCCACGCUCCCCAUGUUCCCCACGCUCCCCACGCUCCCCAUGUUCCCCAUGUUCCCCAUGUUCCCCAUGUUCCCCAUGUUCCCCGUGCUCCCCACCCUCCCCAUGUUCCCCAUGUUCCCCACGCUCCCCACCCUCCCCAUGUUCCCCACACUCCCCAUGCUCCCCGUGCUCACCAUGUUCCCCAUGUUCCCCAUGCUCCCCACGCUCCCCAUGUUCCCCACGCUCCCCAUGUUCCCCACGCUCCCCACGCUCCCCAUGUUCCCCAUGUUCCCCAUGUUCCCCAUGUUCCCCGUGCUCCCCACCCUCCCCAUGUUCCCCAUGUUCCCCACGCUCCCCACCCUCCCCAUGUUCCCCACGCUCCCCAUGCUCCCCGUGCUCACCAUGUUCCCCAUGUUCCCCAUGCUCCCCACGCUCCCCAUGUUCCCCACGCUCCCCAUGUUCCCCACGCUCCCCACGCUCCCCAUGUUCCCCAUGUUCCCCAUGUUCCCCAUGUUCCCCAUGUUCCCCGUGCUCCCCACCCUCCCCAUGCUCCCCACGCUCCCCAUGCUCCCCACGCUCCCCAUGCUCCCCGUGCUCACCAUGUUCCCCAUGUUCCCCACACUCCCCAUGUUCCCCACCCUCCCCAUGUUCCCCACGCUCCCCACGCUCCCCACGCUCCCCAUGCUCCCCCUCCAGCUGGGGCUGCACUGGGGGCAGUUCCUGCAGUGA